AUGGGCAGCUUUGAUCAAAGCAAAGCAUAUGCAGCGCAAGAGGAGGAGGGUGCGUUUUUCGACGAUGGGCGCGAAAUCGAGCUCCUGCACUUCGUCUAUUCACAUCCCAACAUCGAGAAGAUACGAGGAUCACCAGAACAUGUUCUGGCAGCCAUUGACGAGUAUGGACGCACAAAGAAGUAUCUCAUGAAUGUGGGAGAGGACAAGGGCCGCAUUGUCACGGACUUGAUCGCGGAAGUAAAGCCAAAAACCAUGGUCGAGCUCGGCGGCUACGUAGGCUAUUCAUGUAUUCUUUUCGCAGAUGCUGUACGAAAAGCAGGCGGCGAGCGAUACUUCAGCUUCGAGCGCGAUCCCGCCUUUGCGGCUGUCAUCAUGUCUUUGGUCGACCUUGCAGGCCUCACCGACCUUGUAAAGGUGAUUGUGGGCUCAAGCGACGAAGGCAUUGCACGGCUGGCAGCAUCGGGCCAACUGAAGCAAGUCGAUCUCAUGUUCCUGGACCACUACAAGCCUGCCUACACAACAGAUCUGAAGCUCUGCGAGGAGCUUGGCCUGGUCACAAAAGGCUCCGUGCUGGCAGCAGACAAUGUCAUCAAGCCCGGAAAUCCGCCGUACUUGAAGUAUGUCAGGUCGAGCGUUGAGGAGAAGGUCAAGGAGGCUGGAGAGGGUGGUCAGACAAACCUCAGCGGCAUUGCUGAGACGAACGUCAAGAUGUACGAGAAGAGAUACGGCAAGGCCAAGUUCAGCGAGAGCAAAGGCAACCCGAAUCUCAAGUACGAGAGCAAGCUGGUAAACAGCUACGAGCCCACGGGCGUACCUGACGGCAUCGAAAUCACACGAUGCGUUGGCUAG